ACCUCUGGGGUCAUUAUUGAUGGCUCUGGAAGCACAGAUGAUGAUAUGAUAGUGUCAUACCACGGGGAGAUGGUAACUGCACCAUUGGGAUACAAACUUCCUGAUCAAACUGGGCCUACAUUACAGCUCACUGAUCUUAUUCCAGGAAGUUAUAGAAUAAUGUUGCGAGUCAAGGAUAAAGAAGGGCUUGAAGGAAAUGAGACAACUGUUGUGAAUGUUAUUAAGGAAACAGAUUAUCCACCAACAGCAAAUGCUGGGGGUGAUCAGAUAGUUUACCUCCCUCAGGUACCAUCUGACUUACCACCGAGGUUGGUUCCGACCAACCAGUUGUAUGUCAAAAUGGACGCAAGUCGAACCUUAGAAAAUUACCGAUAG